AUGAUGAUCAUGCAAUCUUCAACAUGGUUUUUAGGUGUUGUGACCUUUGUCGUCGCCCAGCUGCUGCUCCUCUGGGUAUUUGGCGCGAAAUUUAAUCUGCCAAAAUUGCAACCCAAGUCGAAAACAAAGCGCAGCUUGGUCACUCAGAAGAGGUUUCAGACCUUUCGCAUCUCCAAUAUCCCUCAAUCAGUGACCAAAGUAAAGUUCCGUGAAGCUCUGAACAAGUUGUCGGGGAACGAUGUUCAAGGGGGUUCCCCUUCCAACGUAUCUGCUUUCUCGUUCGAGCCUGCUGCAGCGUUUGGACUGGCGGACCGAUUUUGUGUGGCAUGUGUUACUUUCGUUAAUAGCCCAGAUGUCGGAAUCUUGGAAAGCACUCUGAAAGGCGAAUUCGGCAUCGAAGCAGAUCGGCUCAGGACUGACAGCGACUUUUUCGGCAUCACACCAAUCUACUCCCCACCGGAAAAUCCAGCUGUCGAUAUCAUUGCCGUUACCGGUCUCUCCGGACACGCUUUUGGAUCAUGGAAGGCCAGAGGGCAGCCGGCCAUGUGGCUGCGAGAUUUCCUUCCUGAAUCUAUCCCGAGGGCACGUAUCUUGACAUACGGAUAUGACACAAAGCUUCCUGGCAGCCAGUCUGAGGCUUCAAUCACCGAUUUAUCCAGAAGACUGCUCGAAGCCAUUAAGACUACUCGUGGAGAAAAGGCAAAGCGGACCAGGCCUUUGAUAUUUAUCGGACAUAGUCUCGGAGGGCUAGUUGUCAAACAGGCAUUGGUCGAGGCUUUUGAGGGUAGCGAUGAAGAUAAAACCGUAUUCCGGUCCUGCUUCGGUCUUUUGUUUUUCGGUGUCCCAAAUCGGGGUCUUGAAAACUCUAGCCUAAUGGCAAUGGUUCGCGGGCAACCUAAUGAGUCGCUCGUGAGGGAUCUAUCCGGGUCAUCUCGAUUUCUAAGCCUUCUCCAUCGGCUAUUUAACAAAACCUUCACCCUCGAAGACUCAACCAUCAUUAGCGUCUAUGAAACCAAGACUACGCGGGCAGUUCAGUGGUCUUCCGAAACAGGCUCAUGGGAUAGGACUGGGCCAGCAAUUAUGAUGGUGGAACACGCGUCUGCCACACAUGCCGGGCCUAGCGAGAUGACAUAUGAUCAAAUAUCAAUCGAUGCAGACCAUUCCGACAUUGUCAAGUUUGAAGAUCAAUCGAAUCCGGACUAUAUUAUUAUCGCAUCGAGAAUCACCCAACUGGUAGAAAAGGGACCAAUUAUCGUCAAGGCGCGUUUCGCUGAGUAUCGCCGGAAGCUAUCUCGGCUAGAGACACAAUUCAUCCAAUCUCUUAACGUCCCCAACUACCGUGCAUUUCGGAACGACAUGGUAGACGACCCCACCCCAGGAACUCUGACCUGGAUCCUGGACCAAGACUCUUUCUCGAAUUGGAGAACUUCUGAAGAACCAUCGGUACUUUGGAUAAAAGGGUCAGCUGGCCAAGGCAAGACGACACUAUCCAAGUUUCUUUUAACCCAAAUGGAGAAGGAGUCCAGCGCAAGCCCAGAAACCAAAGUAAUCUUCUACUUCUUUUACGGCCAAAGUGACAUACUUUCUACGGUUGGCUAUGCCGUAAGAUCACUUAUCAGACAGCUUCUCCAUGUGCGCGAUGUCGACACAUUUGGGGCCAUCGCAGAACUAGUCGAGUUAGACAACACGGCUGACAUGUCUGAGGACGGGCUGUGGGAGAUCCUUGAACAUCUGUUGAAAGCUCCUGUUCUUCAAGAGGUGCUCUGUGUCAUUGACGGACUAGACGAAUGUCAAAAUGCUGCAUCAAGGCUUCGUCUUAUCCGGCUGUUCAGUAGGCUAGCCCAGCCAAAUCGAGCCAAGAAUAACUCGCCGGUCGUCAGAACGAUCUUUACGAGCCGUCCCACCGUUGAUAUUGAGCAGCAACUAUCACGAUCUCCCAGUUUCCACCUGGUCGCCAACCCACAGGAUUUACAAGUGUUCGUCAAUCACGAAAUAGGAACACUCGAUCUUGAUCCCCAGUUGCACAAAGACGCUGUUGCACUCCUUUUGACCCGUGCCGAGCAGACGUUUUUAUGGAUAUCGUUGAUCGUCAAAAAGCUCAAGGCCGAGGCUCUUCUGUCCUUGGCAGACAUUGAGCGAAUCAUUAAAACAAGUCCCUCCGACCUCGGAAAUCUAUAUCAAGGUAUUGUUUCAGACAUCCUAGCCAGAAGCGGCGAGAGCCAAAAGAAGCUCCUUUUGUGGGUUGUCUACGGUCGUCGGCCGUUAGCACUCUCGGAACUGGAGGACGCGCUUUCUAUUCAGGAGGAUUCUGACUCCGUUGAUUCCAUUAGAUCGGGUCGAGCCAGACUCACAAAACAUAACGUCUCCCGUGCCGUCGGAAUCAUCAUCGAUAUCCGUGAUCUCGACAACAGACUCUGUUUGAUCCACCAGUCAGCGCGAGACUUCCUUGUUACCAGCGAUAUUCUGAGUCCUGCUGCCUUUUGCUGGAAUUUGAAGCCAAAUUUGUACCUGGCGAAGGCGUGUCUAAUUUAUUUGUGCUUUGAUGAUUUCGGCUCCCACAAUGGGAGCGACUUUCCGAAUACCUUUCUUUUACGAUAUGCCUCACAAAACUGGCACCGACAUAUCGGUAACGAUUUAGAUGGCAUGCACAACCUGGCAAGUCUGAUUCUCCGCAUCACGGAGCCUCGCUCGUCCGCCCUACUCACCUGGGGUGCUUCUGCAGGCCUCUAUGACAUCCAUAACGCUACUACUCGCUGGGAUGUCGCCACUCAGGCAAACAUAACUUGGCUCGCGGAUUUUGAAACCAGUGGCACGAUUAUCAGUCCAGAAAAAGUUUCUGCUGCUGCAGACAACGGGAUGGCGGGCUACAGAACUAUUGUCACGCUGAUACAAAGCCAGCGUGCGCGAUUCACAGAUGAGGCCGUAGUUUCGGUCGCUCGAUAUUUCGACUCCGACAUGGUCCAUCUCUUGCUGGAGAGACAAGACUCGAGAGUGGAAAUUAGCGAGGACUUGCUGAUCGCAGCCGCGCGGAACCGGCAACACGGGGUGGCCAUUAUUCGCUCACUCAUUGAAUCAGGCCGGAAGAUCCACAUUACGGAGGACGUCCUUACUGUGAUUCUAGAUGACCGGUCCAACCGGAGAGAAAUUGUCGAUAUAUUUGCACAGAGUGGUAACGCGACAUUUACUGAGAAGGCAAUCGAGCAAAUGGUCAAGUUCGGGGACUGGGUCAUGAUUCGCUCAUUUCUAGACGAGCGGGAGGAUUGCGAUACCCCUGAUACCAUGCUGCAGAUCGCGUCAGCCCAGAUACAGCUUGCGGAGGAGACGAUGAUACGACUGGUCAAUCGAAGCCGUCCAGAUAUUGAAAUCUCCGAUUCAAUCAUAACGGAGAUGGCAUUGAAUGGCGUAUCAGCUUUCAGGUGCUUUCUCAACAAGUUCGGACAUGGGAUUGUUUGGUCCGAGGACUUUCUUCAAUCCUUGGCCCAACUUGGGGAUGAGAAACCUCUUGAGGUUCUGAUUAGGACACGAGGUGACGAUAUCGUGAUUACAGACGCAGUUCUCGAGCGCGCGGUGCUCAAUAAGAAGACAGUCGAGAUUGCACGGUUGAUUCUAGGAGAGCCAUACGGGAAGUUAGAAAUAUCGGAAAGAUUAGCGGAGCGCGUAGCAUCUGCAGGAAAUACGGACAUGAUGGCGUUGCUGCUGGAAAUUAGGCACGAUGAAAUCAAAGUCACUGAUAACUUAGUCACAUCCGCUUUUUCAAAUGAUGAGCACGCCGACACUAUGGUAUCUCUGUUAUUUGAAAAACAUGGAUCGGAUUUGUUGCUCAGCGAGGAAGUCGUCGAAGGCGUGGCUUGGUUGGGGAAGCCUAAAUCCGCAGCAUCCCUACUUCGGGUGUUUGGAACCAGGUUCAAAGUCACUGAAAGACUACUUCAGGUUGCGGCAGCAGAGCAUACGAUAAUGGGCGAGGAAUACAACCACAAAACUGGAGAGUUUACUCGUUCUGCAAGAGACCUGUCUUUGCUGGAACUUCUUAUACAGAAGAGACGGGGCGAUGUGGAGGCCGCCAUCACGGAACAAGUAUGUUUAGCGGCUGCCUCUGUGAACAACCGCCGUGCGCUCGACAUCCUUUGCGGCGACGAUGGGUUCUUCCAACCAAAUAAACAAUGGUACAACGUGGCAAAACUCAGGCACGAGGUCAUCAACAGACACCCGUGGAGAGUGAGAGACCUACUCCUAGAGGAUACGCUGCCAAAUGUCAGGGACUUCAAAACCGGCAUGACGCCUUUGUGUUUGGCAGCCUUUCGGGGGUUUUUCGAUGUUGUUAACGUUCUUCUAUGGCGGAACGAGGUGGAAAUUGAUGCGCAGGACUACAGAGGAAGAACUCCGCUAUUUUGGGCCUAUCUAUAUGGAUAUGACGACGUUGUCACCUUGCUGAGGAAUGCGGGUGCCGAUGAUGCUCUGAAGGAUGAUAGGGGUCAGACUCCGAUAGAGGCCGGGUCUUCCGGGGCGAAAUACCUUUUAAGAGCUGUUAACAACGCGGAAAAGCCGCCAGGGAGAAGUCCU